UCCCGCCCUCUCUCACAUCUUCUCUCUGCCAUUUCUCUUUUUUGUUGUUUUUGUUGUUUUGUUGUUUGUUGCAACCACAAAUAACGUGCGUUUCGUUUUCUUUGGCAAUCAAUUGAAACAGAUUAGAAUUCAUUUUCUUUCUUUCUUUGGCAAUCAUCACCAAUAUGAUUGGCAUUUGAUUACCAUACCAAUCUAUUGUGUUCGGUAAGUGACGUAAUACAUCCAUUGUUGAUUUCAAGCAGAGCGGAAGAGAUGAGUUUCAGGGACGACAAUGAGGAAGGGAGGGAUCUCAGGAAGCCUUUCCUCCAUACCGGAAGUUGGUACCGUAUGGGAUCUAGGCAAUCCAGUAUGAUGGGAUCAUCCCAGGGCAUUCGCGAUAGCUCCAUUUCAGUUCUUGCCUGCGUUUUGAUCGUCGCUCUCGGUCCAAUCCAGUUUGGUUUUACUUGUGGCUAUUCGUCUCCUACGCAAUCUUCCAUAAUGAAGGAUCUACGACUCACAGUCCCCGAGUACUCUGUAUUCGGAUCUUUAUCCAACGUGGGUGCUAUGGUUGGGGCUAUUUCUAGUGGACAGAUAGCCGAAUACAUUGGUCGAAAAGGAUCUUUGAUGAUUGCUGCAAUUCCUAAUAUUAUAGGGUGGCUUGCUAUAUCAUUUGCAAAAGAUUCUUCUUUCCUUUACAUGGGGAGGUUGUUGGAAGGUUUUGGUGUGGGAAUAAUCUCAUAUACGGUUCCAGUUUAUAUUGCUGAGAUAGCUCCUCAAAAUUUGAGAGGGGGGCUUGGUUCAGUUAACCAGCUCUCUGUCACCAUUGGAAUAUUGCUUGCUUAUCUUCUCGGACUUUUCGUACCAUGGCGACUACUUGCAGUUCUGGGAAUUUUGCCUUGUACGGUUCUGAUACCUGGAUUGUUUUUUAUCCCAGAAUCUCCUCGGUGGCUGGCGAAAAUGGGUAUGACAGAAGAAUUUGAAACAUCCUUGCAAGUUCUUCGAGGAUUUGAUGCUGAUAUCUCAAUUGAAGUGAAUGAAAUCAAGAGAUCUGUAGCAACCACAACCAAAAGAACAACAAUUCGAUUUGCUGAACUCAAGCGGAGAAGAUACUGGUUUCCUUUGAUGAUUGGUAUUGGGUUACUAAUGUUGCAGCAGCUUACUGGAAUUAAUGCAGUGUUGUUCUAUUCAAGUACCAUAUUUGCAGCUGCUGGUGUUGAAUCAAGUAAUGUUGCUACAUGUGGGCUCGGUGCAGUCCAGGUUGUUGCGACUGCAGUGACGACAUGGCUGGUUGACAGAGCAGGCCGUCGAAUUCUCCUCAUUGUGUCCACAGCUGGAAUGACGUUUAGUCUUUUGAUUGUUUCUGUAGUCUUCUUUCUGAAGGAUCUUACCUCCGACACAUCCAGUUUAUAUAAUAUUCUGAGUAUUUUAUCAGUUGUUAGUGUUGUGGCCCUUGUUGUAUUCUUCUCUCUGGGUCUUGGGGCUAUUCCAUGGGUUAUAAUGUCUGAGAUUCUUCCCAUCAAUAUCAAGGGUCUUGCAGGAAGCAUGGCAACGCUCGCUAACUGGUUCAUCGCUUGGUUGGUCACAAUGACAGCAAACUUGCUUUUGGAAUGGAGCAAUGGAGGUUUUCUCCCUCUUCCAUUUUCCCUCUCAAUAUUUGAAUUGGAAUUAGAUAAAAGUUUCACAUCAUGCUGCUGCUAUUUGGUUGCAGGAACGUUCGCCAUCUACAUGUUGGUGAGUGCUUUAACAAUGGCAUUCGUUAUACUUUGGGUUCCCGAGACAAAAGGAAGAACACUGGAAGAAAUUCAGUUCUCCUUCAGAUAAGAAGGUUGUUUUCUUUCUGUUAUGUUUUUCUUUUGGUAACCUGCGUGUUGGAAAGCAAGCCUAUUUAUCACUUUGCAACAACUCAAUCAAGAGAACCAUGAUGCACUGCAAAAUAGUAAAUAUGGAUCUUCCCCCUCAAUAUACAAAAACGUCUGUGCCGCCCGUACUCUUUGAAAUUCCCUUGUGUUGCAAGACCCUUGAAGUGCCUUACCCUAAUUAUUUGAUUGGUUCGUCAAUUCAAAUAUUUUGACCUACACGUCAUCCCUCCA